AUGUACGCCAGCAUCAGCAAUGAGGGACUGACAACAAACCAUCUGAAGAAAGCAAAGCUCAUGUUCUUUUACACCCGCUACCCAAGCUCCCAUGUGCUGAAGAUGUGUUUCAGUGAUGUACAGUUUACUCGCUGCGUCACUUCCCAGCUGAUCAAGUGGUUUAGUAACUUCAGGGAGUUCUUCUACAUCCAGAUGGAGAAGUUUGCGAGGCAUGCCGUCCUUCAGAGGGUGACUGAUGGCGAGGUGCUAACUGUGGGCAGAGAAUCAGAGCUUUUCAGAGUCCUGAACCUGCACUACAACAAGACCACCGACUUCCAGGUGCCUGACAGGUUCCUUGAAGUUGCUGAGAUUACGCUGAGAGAGUUUUACGUUGCCAUUUGUCUGGGGAAGGAUCAAGACCCAUCCUGGAAAAAAGCCAUCUACAGGGUCAUCAGUAAACUGGACAGUGAUGUUCCAGCGCACUUCAUUUUGAAUUAG